CAAGUCUAGACGUAGAUGGCUGGCUUAUCCGGAUCGCUGAUGCGCGCUUCCGCUUUUCGCCUCAAUGUGUGCCUUUUGUUUCGGGCCACGAACGCGUCUCGUCUCGUCUCGUCUUUGGAAGCGAGGCGAGGCUGGGCCGGGCUGCUUCAGUCGACGGCCAGUGUUGGCUCCUGGUUUCUUGGCCGCUUUUUCUCUCCUGCGAGGGCUAUCCUCAGGACGAGGACGAGGACGAGGAGAGGGGGAUGGAGAAGUAACGCAAUGCUGCUGUGAUGGGCGGAUGUGAAAAUUUGAGAAACCGGUCAACGUCCGAGGAGACCGGAUUAGGGCGAGAGAAGAGAAGGCGUGUUGAGAAUGGGGGAUGGCGCUGGCUUUACUGCUCGCACAUGAGGCAUGUGAACUGCUCGAUUUGGGUGGGUUUGGACCCGGCUCGAUUGGCCGUCUGAUAUCGGAAAUCGGUGAAUUAGCAGGCGGAAUGACUCUGAUUGAAUUUACGACUUUCUCGUCCCGGGGAGGACAAACGCUCAAUCUUUGCAUGGUUCCGAGUGCGGGGAUUUAUUUAGAGCUCGGGAUUUCGAGGUGGCCGGCUAGUCCGACCCCCCGGCCAGUACCCGGGCCAAUUACUGUACUUCAUCUUCCCUGUGCAAGUCAAGCGGCCGGCCUCGAGGGUGUGGUGGAAGGGCUCGGAAUAUUACUUUCCGUCCAUUCCCGAGAAAUACACCACCUCGAUUUGUCAAACUUCCCUUAGACUCUCGCCCCUCACUCCCCGAGUCCCCACCCGUCCCUCCCUUUCUCUCCAUCUUUCUCCAGGCCCGAAUCAUUCUCGACAAUCAAAUGACAUCCAUGAAUGCGCUUGUGUGCCUCGUAGAAACUGUGGCCCGGACAUCAGCCUAAAAGCAAACCAGUCCAGCCCCGCGGCAACCUGCGUAAGACCGGCUAGUUCCACCCGGCUAGCAGGGUGGCCACCGCCACCGGCCACAUAUCAAAAGUAAAAAUAUUUGCUCGGAUGCUGCAUGCUAGUGAUUCGGAAUAUACUACGAGGAGGAGAAGAAACCAGGAAAAAUUAAAGAGGUCUAGGAGGGUGGGAGAAUGAGUAUGAACAUCUAGGGCUUCGAAAUUAAAUAUGGGCGUGGAGAGAUCGCAUCAUCUUAUUCCUGCACGAGGUGAUUUUCUGGCUAUGAAGCACGAACUGAUAUGAGGUGAUGACAUUCGUGAUGUCGUGGGUGGACAUAGUAGCGUUGUAAAGCGCACUACAAGCCCCAUCCUUCAUAACCUUUUGCACCUUCGGCAAAGAUGACUCCGAGUCCUGUGAUCGUCCCGUCAGGAAAUCUUUUUUUUGGUCAACAAAUAGGGAUUCAGGGCUUUUCUUUACGACGAGCAUUGUUGCAAACGUGAUGUCUAUUCUAUGCUCAAUUAGGAACGAAGGAGCAUUGAGUGCCUACGUAGGUCAUGGUAAAAUUGAUGUUGCACUUUUGAGCAGUUCUUCUACAUCUGUGUUUUCCAUAAAGCUGACACAAGUUGUACCUCGGCAAUGCAUGUCAAAGACCUACAACAGUUCGCUGGGUUUCCACUCUAGAUUGAGACAGGCGUGCACCUUAAGAGACCAUCAAGGAUUCAAGGCGUCGUUGGCUCGAGGCUCGGAACGUGGUCACGGUGAGAUUAACUUGGAUCCAUGCUCCCCAAGAGCAACAAUCAAAGCCUGAGAAAAUUCUUGCUUAACGACAAUCGGACGACAAUCAAAGACACGCUUUUAGGAGACGCAAUCAAGAGAAGACACGUUCAGGACAUGCAUUAACGUGAAUAGCGGAAGAGCAAUCUCCAUAACAAGAACACUGUGCUCAAUGGCGUUCCCAGGGUCAACACGCUAGAACAUCAAGACACCGAGG